CUCUGGUUCCGUAGACCAGCGCCUUAUCCAUUGGGCCAUGGAGUCUGGAUAAUUUUAUCAUUCCGAUAUAUUUAUACUUAAUCGUUAUCACCGAUCAAAUAGUUUAUUUGCUUUGGUCUUGAUCAUGGCGUGCUGGACAAUGCAAUUCUAUGCUGAGGGACCAAGUCAAGCUCUAUGGCCUUCAGGGUCAGCAUCUUCCUAGUUUGGUGACACGAUAAUCUGCAAGCUGUGGCGCACCGCAAAAGAACACCAUUACUUAGUUGUAUUGUCUCUGGAGUGUGCCGGAGAACCAGGGAAAAAAUGCUAUGUUUCUGAAGAUUACAGGCUUCGAGUUCCAAAAGUAGAAAUGGGAAAGAAGCAAUCUUUGCGUAGCAAAGCCACCCACCUUGUAUCUGUCCUUCUCAACCCCAUCUCUGAUUCCGACGCCAACAGUAAUAAACCCUCCAAACACCCUCUACCGACACCACCACCUCCUAACGGAGAAGUAGGUGAAUCAGAAAUAACUGAUGAAGAGGGUAGCCACGAUUUAGUUGAUGGGCCUGACACUUCAUCCUUCACUGCGUUCCUCUAUUCUUUUUUGUCUUCCUCUGACACUGGAGAUAAUGCAAACGCUCAUGGGCAUAAUUAUGAUAAAGCUGCACCUGAUAACAACCCUUUACCAGACUCAUCCCUGAAGGAAAAUGGUGGGAAGAAAAGUUUGCUUUCUAGGAGCAAGCAAUCGGUUGGUAGAGCCAUUCGCCAAGCUGCGAGAAUGGGUGGAUUUCGCCAUCAAGAUCGCAAGGAUAAUCUUCAAAUGAAAUUUGAUGAUGGAAAUGGUGUUGAGAUGAGGCCUAUUGAACCUGUUCAAGAGACUGUGCCUGUUCCUUUGGUUGAUCUGCCGGAAAUUUCUGAACCCUCAGCUCUCCUCUCUGACAGUAUAAGAAAUGUUCUCUACGCUUCUCUUCCAUCACUUAUGCACGGAAGGAAAUGGCUGUUGCUAUACAGCACUUGGAGGCAUGGUAUAUCACUUUCAACUCUGUACCGAAGAAGCAUGCUUUGGCCUGGAUUGAGUUUGCUGGUUGUUGGAGACCGAAAAGGGGCAGUAUUUGGUGGCUUGGUUGAAGCACCUCUCAGAUCAUCCAAUAAGAAAAAAUACCAGGGAACAAACAAUUCAUAUGUUUUCACAAAUACCUCUGGUCAUCCUGUUAUAUAUCGUCCAACAGGAGUAAACCGCUAUUUCACACUCUGCAACACUGAUUACUUAGCAAUUGGUGGGGGAGGUCAUUUUGCUCUUUAUUUGGAUGGUGAUCUAUUGAAUGGCUCAAGUUCGGUCUCAGAAACUUAUGGUAAUCCUUGCCUUGCAAAUUCUGAAGACUUUGAAGUGAAGGAAGUAGAGUUGUGGGGCUUUGUAUAUGCUUCAAAGUAUGAGGAAAUACUGGCAUUAAGCAGAACAGAAGAACCCGGGAUCUGCCGUUGGUAAAUAUUGAUGUGAAUGAAAAAUGGCUUGCUGUUGGAAUUUCAUUGAAUGGUUACUUCCCCUCUCGUGAAGUGAGCAAUGCGAAGUUCAUAUGCAAUUUAAUGGAGACAUUUUAUGUAUCCACUUAUGUUUUGACGUAGUAACUAACAACAAUGUAAAUAUUUACCAAGCCUGUAUAUAUUGAGCCCGUGCACGUGAAAUAAAUAAAUAAAUAAAACUACAAAUUUUG